AUGGCCAGCAAUCGCUUCAAGCCACUCGUGGACACCUCCAUCACCGCAUCCCCCGCUCCGACCUCUGCGCCUGCGCCCUCCACCGCUGGCGCAGAGUCCUCCGCCACCGCGAAGCCCACCCGCGCUCCCCGCAAACGAAAAGGUCACCGCGGUGGCAAGAAGAAGAGGUCCCGCCGCAAGAGCUUUGCCCUUCUCCAUGGCGACAGCCAUGAUGAUACCGACAGGACGUCUUCUGCCGGAGGCUUCUACAACCACCCGCAGGGAAAUCUCAGUGGCGCUAGCAUUGACAGCGAGAUUCUGCUAGACCAUCGAGAACAUACACCGCUACGCAUUCGACGUUCCUCGACCGUUGGUGAUCGAUUUCAGAACCCCCUCCCCAGCGUCAACAGCCGACUGCGCUCUGUCCAAACGCACCACGGCGGUGACAGAUCUGGUCCGGCGACGCCAUGGGACGAGAAUACGCCGUUACUCCCUGAUUCUGCUCGACUAAGUGCUGCUGGUGCUUCCAGCUACGGCGGCGCGGAUAGUAGGACGCAGAGGAGCAAGAGCCGCAGAUCGUCGACAGUGUCUUCCAGCACAAAGCUGGCGGCCGCAUUUGGAAGAAAGGACCAAUACAAUGUAAACAAUCCUCCUUCCGUCCCCGGAUCGCCUACCUUUGGUACCCUCAAUCACCAUAACGAUAUGACAUUUGGCGAUGUGAUGCUGCGGGACGAAAUGGCCAUGAGGUCAGGUAGCCCAAAGCGCGACAUGGACGAGGAAGAAAACUACUUCAACGCCGAGGAUGGCCAUCGACACGAUGACAUCCACAGCCCGCACCCUGCCGCCGAGGCCGACGUCUGCUUCCCGGCCCAUGGCAUGUCUGAGCUGGGUGAUGAUGAGGGUACUGCGCGUGGGGAUGGGGCCCAGCACAGAGCUCGCCGCCGCCGACGGCAGUGGCCGGACUUGUCUGUCCUGGAGGAGUGGAGGCAGUUUGAAAAGGAAGAUAGAAGUGAGGAGCGCAGAGCAAAGAGGAUUACGGAACCUCAGCUCAUCAACGGCCGCCUGCGCCCCGUGCGCAAAGGCUGGUUUCAGACCGACGAAGACGUCCCUUAUCGCUUCACCUACUUCAAUGAGGAAUUCCAGAGCACUAUCCACAGCCACACCAUAUCAGAGCUCGUGCAGCCUGGAGGAACUUUUCGUGAGCUCUUUAUUCCUGACCAUCGUGUUCUCACCGACGACGAGUCUGAUUCGGGCGACGAAACCAUGUCCAUCCCAUCACGAGCACCAAACGCAACAAACGCAUCUGGAGGGCCCGAACCCGACUCUCGUCGCUCUACUCGCCAACCCUCCGUAUCUGAGUCCGCUCGCGGAACAUUCUCUCCGCCUCAAUUUGCACAAAUGGCACAGAACCAGCCUCUGGUAGACGUGUCCACGCGUGAUAGCUCCAGAGCGCCGUCUGUUCGGGCACCGCUGGCUGCCGCAAGUGGACUCCAUAACUCGGACAGCAUGAUGUUCAAGCCGCUACCGGAGCCUCUCGACCAGGGUCCCAAGCCGGAAAGGUCGAUCCGGUACGGAGACAGGCCCGUAUGGUGGCUCAACAUCGUCUGCCCCACGGAAGAAGAGAUGAAGGUGAUUUCCAAGACCUUUGGCAUUCACCCUCUGACCGCAGAGGAUAUCAUGGUGCAAGAGGCGCGCGAAAAGGUUGAGCUCUUCCGCCACUACUACUUUGUCAACUACCGAACCUUUGACCAGGACAUUAAUAGCGAAAACUUCCUGGAGCCCGUCAACAUGUACGUCGUCGUCUUCCGCGAGGGCGUCCUCAGCUUCCACUUUUCCAUGACGCCGCACCCGGCCAACGUGCGGCGGCGCAUCCGCCAGCUGCGCGACUACCUGCUGCUGUCGUCGGACUGGAUCUCGUACGCCAUCAUUGACGACAUCACCGAUGUCUUCCAGCCGCUGAUCCAAAAUAUCGAGGACGAGGUCGACGAAAUUGACGAGGCCAUUCUGCGCCUGCACUCGCCCCUAGAAAACGCCGACGAGAGGAAGGACGACGCGGCGACCAUCACCGAGGCGAGCGGCGACAUGCUCCGCCGCGUGGGCGACUGCCGAAAGCGCGUCAUGAGCCUGUACAGGCUCCUGGGCAACAAGGCCGACGUCAUCAAGGGCUUUGCCAAGCGCUGCAACGAGCGCUGGGAAGUGGCGCCCAAGUCGGAAAUUGGCCUGUAUCUCGGCGAUAUUCAGGAUCACAUCAUCACCAUGACUUCCAAUUUGAGUCACUACGAAAAAAUCCUGGCCCGUGCCCACGGCAACUACCUCGCGCAAAUCAACAUUCGCAUGAACGAGCGCCAGGAGCAGACGGCCGACGUCCUCGGCCGCCUCAGCGUCAUCGGCACCAUUGUGCUGCCCAUGAACAUAAUCACGGGCCUCUGGGGCAUGAACGUCUGGGUCCCCGGCCAAGAGUACGAGGGCAACCUGCAGUGGUUCAUGCUCAUCACGGCCGGCCUGCUGUGCUUUGGCAUCGCGUGCUACCUCAUUGCCAAGCGCGUGUACCAAAUCGUCUAA